AACCUGUUUUUUGUCCGUAUGAAAAAACAUGCUUUUUUAAAUCCACCGGUCUUUAUCUGUGGUUUUUUCUCUACCGGAUAUAAAUACUUGUGUAAGUCGGAGAAAAGCAGUCAAUAAUAAAAAUCGGUUCAAUCGCGAUAGAUAUAAUCCGUUUAUUAAGUUAUUUAAAUUCCCUUUAUUGUCUUGUAAAAACAAUAAAAGAUGACUGCUUUACCGGAAGACCUAAAAAAUCUGUUUAGCUAUAUUGAGGUUCACAAAGAGGAGUAUAUAAAUAAUCUAAAGGUCGCUGUCGCUAUACAAUCUGUUUCUGCUUGGCCUGAUAAGCGAAACGAAAUUCAACGUAUGGUAGAAUGGACUGCUGAUAAGCUCCGUAAUAUAGGAACGCAAGUUGAGUUAGCUGAUGUUGGAACACAAACACUUCACAGUGGCCAAAAAAUACCUUUACCUAAAGUAAUCUUGGGUACUCUUGGCACGGAUCCAAAAAAGAAAACUGUCGUUGUUUAUGGCCAUCUUGAUGUACAACCUGCUCUGAAAGAGGAUGGCUGGAAUACUGAACCAUUUGAAUUGACAACCCAAGAUGGAAAACUAUAUGCCCGUGGUGCAUCAGACGACAAAGGUCCAGUAUUGUGUUGGAUUCAUGCUAUUGAAGCUUUUAAAGCCUUAAAUAUUGAACUGCCCGUAAAUGUUAAAUUUAUAUUUGAGGGUAUGGAAGAAAGCGGUAGCGAAGGUCUAGAUGACCUUCUAUUAAGCUUGAAAAGUACUUUUCUUUCAAAUGUGGAUUAUGUUUGCAUAUCUGAUAAUUAUUGGCUGGGUAAAAAUAGACCGUGUCUUACUUAUGGACUUCGUGGAUUAGUGUAUUACACACUUGAAGUAGAAUGCGCUAAAAAGGAUCUUCAUAGUGGCGUCUUUGGAGGAACUGUCCACGAAGCUAUGCCUGAUUUGAUCUAUCUUCUUAACUGUUUAGUGGAUAAAGAUACUAACAUACUAAUCCCUGGAAUAGAAAGGGACAUUGCACCUUUGUUACACAAUGAAAACCAAAUUUAUGAUAACAUUGACUACGAUAUCAAUGAUUACAGGGAUGAUAUUGGUACUAGAAAGCUCCCCCACAAUGAAGACAAAACAAAACUGCUGAUGCAUAGAUGGCGGUAUCCUUCACUCUCGAUACAUGGUAUUGAAGGUGCUUUUUAUGAACACGGUGCAAAAACCGUAAUACCUGCUAAAGUGAUUGGAAAAUUCUCAAUGCGCCUAGUUCCGAAUCAAGAUCCAGAGCAUAUUAAUGAGUGUGUUGUGAAAUAUUUGAAUUCAAAAUGGGAAGAACGCGGAUCACCGAAUUUAAUGAAAGUAAACCUUUCAAGCAGCGGUAAACCAUGGACUGAAGAUCCUAAUCAUCCUCAUUAUGAAGCCGCAAAGCGUGCAGUAAAACAUGUAUUUUCUGUGGACCCAGAUAUGACUCGCGAAGGAGGAUCUAUUCCAGUUACAUUAACGCUCCAAGAAGCUACCGGAAAGAAUGUCAUAUUAAUUCCAGUUGGUGCUUGUGAUGAUGGUGCACACUCUCAAAAUGAAAAAAUUGAUAUAUUUAAUUAUAUUGAGGGCACUAAACUCCUUGGAGCUUAUCUUUUCGAAGUUGGCCAACUGAAAUAAAACUAACAAUCUUCGGAUUUUAUAAUGAAGCAUCACAAUUUGAAUUUAUAAAUUUGUAUAUUUAACAAUAAUUUUUUUUUCUAAUUUAAUAAACGAUGCUUAAUCGGUCCAAGUAUCACCAUA